UCUCUGGCCGCAAGGUGCCGCGAGGCAAGGAGAGGUUAAGUGUUAAGUGGUCCUUUAUCGCGUGUAAGAAUGGCUGACGCGAAGAAAGAAGUUGCUGUUCCUCCUCCGACCAAGAAACUCCCGGCGGUGCCGGAGUCGGUGUUGAAGAGAAGAAAACGCCGAGAGGCAGUUAAAGCUGCGCGCGUACAAAUAUCCAUUAAGCAACGCGCAGAUCGCUACAAGAAGAGGAAGCAGAUCUUCAAAAGAGCUGAAGAAUAUGUGAAGGAAUACAGGAGGAAGGAGAGGGAUGAAAUCCGGUUGAUGAGACAAGCUAAGAACCGUGGAAAUUAUUACAUUCCCGGCGAAGCGCGUCUUGCAUUUGUUAUCCGUAUUCGAGGUGUGAACCAAGUGGCUCCCAAGGUACGAAAGGUGUUACAGCUGUUCCGCCUGAAACAGAUCAACAAUGGUGUUUUCGUGAAAUUAAACAAAGCUACGAUCAACAUGUUGCGCAUCGUCGAACCGUACAUCACGUGGGGAUACCCGAAUCUGAAGUCGGUGCGGGAAUUGAUCUACAAACGUGGCUUUGCCAAGAUAAACAAGCAGCGCGUACCGAUCACCAGCAACUCCAUCAUCGAGAAGAAGCUUGGUCGAUCUAAUAUCAUCUGUACCGAAGACCUGAUCCACGAGAUAUUCACCGUCGGUCCGAAGUUCAAGUUCGCCAGCAACUUCCUAUGGCCCUUCAAGCUUAAUACGCCAAACGGUGGGUGGCGUAAGAAGACCAACCAUUACGUGGAAGGCGGCGACUUCGGCAACCGAGAGGAUAAAGUCAACGAGCUCCUCAGAAGGAUGAUUUAAGUUUAUAGAAAUCUUCGUAAAUAAAAUCCUCUAACUAAA